AUGUAUCCUCGUCUUUCUCGUACAUUUUCGAAGAGAGAACUGUGCGACGCUUUUCGCAAUCUCGGAGAAGGGAGGAAAAAUGGCGGCCAAAACCCUAAUCAGAACAAUCUCAGAUCUUCUUUUCAAUACAUAGCUCCUCAGGGACAAGAAAUCCCGCCGUAUUUUUUCCCGUCGUUGUCGAAUCUACAGAGCUCACUCAUUUCGCGCCCUAACGACACUGCUUCGCUCCAGGAACUCAACGAACGUGGAUUUCUUUACCCUUCUGGUCUUCCUUCACUCGAAUUCUUCUUGCCAGAAGUGUAUGCAAUGCAGUCACUAGAUGCUCGAGAGAGUUCAGCCUUGUAUUGUUCAUUGGCCUUGAGGCUUUUAGUCUCUGCAAAGUUGUAUAUUUUUGCUGCUCGUUGGUACCUGUCUAAUGUCUUUGUAUUUGGUAAUGUAGUUGAUCCUUCAAGUGAGCCAUUGCUUCUGUUUCCUAAGAGGACAUUCCAACCAAGCACUAUAAGGCGUAAACGGAACCAUGGAUUCUUUGCUCGGAAGGCAACCAAAGGUGGACGGAGAGUCAUAGCUCGGAGAAUAGCAAAAGGGCGUCACAGAGUCACAGCCUAGAAUCUCUCUAAUCUUUCCAUUGAUGAAUCUCCGGUUAUUCAGGCUAGAAAACCUGAAACUUCCAUCUCCUAAAUAACUUGUCUUCUUAUCCAUGUUCUCAUGUGUUGUUGAUCUCAGAAUUGAUCUGAAGUUAAAAUUUUAACGAUCUCAGCUCUUUUGUAAUGGAUAGUUUAUAUCAAUGAAUCCUUUUUUCCUC